AGCGUGCAUACAUGUGAGCUAGCUUCAGAGGAAUAGUUGGGUUCAGCCGUCCAGUACCUACACGAUCGUCGUCGUCAUCAAGAUCAAGAAAAAAAAGGUUGCAGUUGCGUGUCUCUGUGUGUUUGCGUUCUUCCGCCAACGUAUCACCCAGCCAUACAGUAUUCAACCGUUAUUGUCAAACCGAAGCCGUCUUAUACAGGGCCAAGAAGUCGCAAAAGGGCUCGCCUGUGGUGACCUGCGGAAUUUAGUCGCCCGGCGAUGCGAGGCGACGAUCGGCUGUCGCACUGGCUGGUGGAGGUCGUGAGUCCCGGAGGAGCGUCCUCUUCGAGCGCCAAGAGCGGGCGCGGGGGGACGAGAGGCGGCAAGGAUGGCGCGGGCGAGGCGGCGGGGCUGGCGGUGGCGGUGGAGGAGGCUAAGAUUGAGCGGUCGGGUCGCGUUCUAAUCAUCCUCGUGCACGUCGUCGCGGGCUGCGACGCUCGUGGCUCGUCGUCCCACGACGCGGAGUCCCCGAGGGCGGCAGCAGGCCAGGAGCAGGAGCCGCGGCAGGACAUGGAGGAGGCGGUCAAGUGGGCGCUGCUGAAGCCGCUGCAAGUGGCGGUGCAGCAGCAGCAGAUGAGGGCGGUGAUGCACGUGGAGGUCAGCCACUCCAGGGAGCGCGGCCUCGCUGACGUGGCGCAUCGCUUCCAGGCCACGCGCCUCUAUAUCGGCCCCGUCAAGAGAUCAGUGCUCUGGUCUCGGCUCGCUGCCCUUUCGCUCGUGCCGCACUCCGCCCACCACCCGUCGCCGCCCACGCUGCUCUCCGCCCUCCCGCCCUCGUGCCUCCUCAUCGAGGCGCGCGGCACUCUCCGUCUCUCCACGCACUAUCACCCCCUUUCCGCCUCCGCCACACCGCCCGCCCUCUCCCAGUCGCGCUCGCUGCCCCAAGGCGUGCGCGCCGCGCGCUCCUUGCGAGGCGCGGGAUCGUUUCUGGGCAGCGCGCGGCGCAUUGUGGGGCGGCGGUCGGGGGCGGGGAGCGGAGCACUGGAGGCGGAGCAGCGGGGGAGCUUGUCCGCGGGGGUAUCCGCGGAUAGUGCGCGUGGUGAGCAGCACUAUAGGCGCACUGCCGCACGCGCACGUGCACAUGCACUUGGUGAUGGGUUUGGUGAUGGCGAUAGAGAGCGUUGUAGCACACCACAGGAGCGCCACCAGCACCCCCACCAGCAGCAGCAGCAGCAGCAGCAGCAUGCGCACCCCUCAUGGCUCCAAGAACGACGUGGCAGCGGGUCCUUCAUGCCCACGUGGAGCUUCGGCCGUAGGACACGUGGCAGCGGUCCGUUGGCUGCGGUUGAGAGAAGUGACGAUGAGGGCAUGGGAGUACAGCGUCGGCCUCGGUCAGGGGUGUUGGGGGUCGUGGACAGAGAUGGAGGGGAGCGGGGAGCGGAAAGCGAGAGAGAGUGUGAGAGUGAGAGUGAGAGGGAAAGGAAAGUGCAUGGGAGGGUGGGAAGUGGGAGCGAGAGGGGCAGGGGGAAGUACCGCGGGCGAUGGCGGAGCGGGCGGCUUAGGACCCAGUCAGGUCCCUUGGGGCCGCACACGCCCGCUGCGCUCGCCUCACCGCACUCCGCUGAGUCCUCCCCCCCCCCUACACGCGUGCUGCCACUGCCCCUGCGGCGACUGCUGCCGCUGCUGCGCAUCCGCCCGCCUCUCAUGGCGGCAGUGCGCCAGGCGCCGUGGGGCAAGGCGGGGAGGUGGAGGGCGCGGCAGCGCGAGCAGAGGAGCGCGGGGGCAGUGGCGGCAGGCGAGAGCAGCGGUUUCAAGGUGCGGAGAGCAUUACUGAGGGGGGGGAGGGGGAGGAGGGAGAGGGGGCGGAGGGGGCGGAGGGGGCGGAGGGGGCGGAGGGGAUGGAGGAGGUAGGAAUCACAGAGGAGUGCGGAGGUGGGGAGAGGGAGGGUGCGACGCGGCAGGUGAGGGAGCGGGGGUACGGCAAGGCGCCGAGCGGCUUGCACAGGGAGGUGCGCUCGCGGCUGCUGCAUGCAGACGGGCGCUCCCCCGCGCCCACACCCCCCGGCUGGCCCAUGAAUCUCUUCCGCUCCUCCUCCGUCCCCGGCCCCUCCUCCCCCUCCCGCGCCUCCCCAUCCCUACUCCCGGGCUCCUCCUUCUCCUCCUCCUCCUUCUCCUCGUCCUCGUCCCGCCGCGGGCCCCCCCUUCUCUUCGCGCGCGCGGCCUCUGUGCCGGGCAGCACGCGCGCCGUGAGCGCAGGGCGCCGCGCGCACCAAGGCACAGGGGGGCGCGGCAAGCAAGGCGGCAGGCGGCGCAGCGAUGGAUUCAGCAGGCGGAGCGCUGGCAGCCGCGCACGGGGCGAUGGGGGUGCGUUGGUGGC